AUGAUUACCCGAGCUUGGACCAGAACUGGGUCUCCCAGCCACGGCCAUUCAAUAGCGGCCCAGACUUGGGCCAGGACUAGGCAAUCUAGUCUUGGUCGACUCAAUGAUUACCCAAACUGGUCACCGGCAAUACCCAAUGCAAUGAAAAUGUGUAAAUUAUUUUCAAUAUCGCAAGCCUGUUUGUCUUUUUCAACAAAUAAUUCUAAUCUUGAAGAAGAAAAAGAUUUAUACGAAUUAAAUUUGAGUAAAAAAGAGCCAGAUGUGGUUAAAUUCGUGGAAGAUGGCUGGAAAAAAUUACUCACUCAAGGAAACACCAGGGAAACGGUAGACAGAGGCGGAUAUGAUGUCAAGUGCGCAAAAGUCCAAGUUGCAGACACUGAAACAAGAUACACUAUAGUUGUUAGAUAUUCUACUAUUUCGCGCGAUACAGUGUUUGAUUGUAAAAUAUCUGUUAUGACAACUCAAAUGGAGCCUUUGAAUAUAAGUUGUAUCGUAGGACAGUUUACAGGCUUUUACGACCCGGCAGAAUACGAGCAUUAUAAUGCUUUCUCUGUCUACAACUGUUAG